ACACAGCCUCACACAACAAAGCACAGCACCACGCAGGACACCAUCUGGCGUGAUUUCGGACACCCCGAGGUCUUCGCUAAGGUCCUGCGGGGUUGACACUUGUUGGGCCCGCCAUGACGGUGGUGAUUGGGUUCGAAGGCAGCGCCAACAAGAUCGGCGUGGGGAUCGUGAGGGAUGGAGUGGUGCUCUCUAACCCCCGGCGCACCUACAUCACCCCCCCGGGGCAAGGGUUCCUGCCCAGCGAGACAGCCAGACACCACCGUGGAGUUGUCCUGACAGUCCUCAAGGAGGCGCUGCAGCAGGCUGGCCUCACGCCCGCUGACAUCGACUGUGUGGCCUACACCAAAGGGCCCGGGAUGGGCGCCCCCCUGGUUACCGUGGCGAUAGUGGCCCGAACAGUAGCCCAGCUGUGGAGGAAGCCACUGCUGGGCGUCAAUCAUUGCAUCGGCCAUAUCGAGAUGGGGCGUCUCAUCACGGGGGCAACUAACCCCACCGUGCUGUACGUCAGUGGGGGCAACACACAGGUGAUCGCAUACUCCGAGCGGAGGUACAGGAUCUUCGGGGAGACCAUCGACAUCGCUGUGGGAAAUUGCCUGGACAGAUUCGCACGCGUCAUCAAAAUCUCCAACGACCCCAGCCCUGGAUAUAACAUCGAGCAGAUGGCUAAAAAGAGCAGCCGGUUUGUGGAGCUGCCCUACACAGUAAAGGGGAUGGAUGUGUCGUUCUCGGGGAUCCUGUCCUUCGUUGAGGAGAUGGCGCACAAGCUGCUGGGCUCGGGCGAGUGCAGCGCCGAGGACCUCUGCUUCUCCCUGCAGGAGACGGUUUUUGCCAUGCUGGUGGAGAUCACGGAGAGGGCAAUGGCUCACUGUGGCUCCCAGGAAGUCAUGAUUGUCGGAGGGGUGGGCUGCAACCUGCGGCUGCAGGAAAUGAUGGGGGUCAUGUGUGCAGAGAGGGGGGCUCGCCUGUUUGCCACGGACGAGAGGUUCUGUAUUGAUAACGGGGCGAUGAUUGCUCAAGCUGGCUGGGAGAUGUUCCGCUCGGGACAGGUGACAGAGCUGAAAGACUCCUGGAUCACACAGAGGUUCCGGACAGACGAGGUGGAGGUGACGUGGAGGGACUAGACGCUGGCGGCCCUGCGAUCUCAUUUUCGGUUGACCGGCAUGUAUUUAAGGAUAAAUCCCUGACCUCACUGACUUUCAGAAAGAAUGACCUGAGUCUCAGGAAAGAAGCAGUGCUGGUCCAGGUUGCCUCCUGUGUCUGUGGAGGUGAACAGAGACUGCUACUCCACAUGGUGGGGUGGGUUAAACAGCCAAAGAAGGCAGAGAUAUCUGACCACACAGCCCCAAGAACUGGGGAAACAAGGCCACCGUUUGAAAAUAGCUGUAUCAGUACUCUUUCUGUUUUCAUAAUAAAGUCACUAUACUUCUAGUA